AGCUACCUAAACAUUGUACUUUCUGCCUACAAUUGCAACGGUAAGUUUAAAUCUUGUUUUGAUACUGCCGGUAAGUUUUCGGUUGGACAGUAUAAACCACACGCACACUAACGAAAACGUGACAGAUUGACAGCAGAUUAUAAACAAUCAGAGGUGUGGAGAAUGUGCACAUAAAAUGGAAAUUGGAAUAAGAUUUAAGUGGCUUUAAGCUAGCAGAUAAACAUUUUAGGUGAUAAAAAUCAAUCUCGUGGCUACUGACUAGCCGGGUGUGAAUGUAGCGGUCAAAACAUCCCGGUAACUUUUGCCAAAUAACCAACGGGAAGCUGAUAUCUCCACGAGGGCUGAACGAGCUAGUGAUUUCGUAAUGAAGAACAACAUCAACAACAGCAACAACAGAAGGCAGCAGCAUAAGAACAUAACAACCAAAGAAUAGCGUGGAAAAUACUUGGCGGGGGAGUUCCCAACAUAGAAAAAUAGCCUUCUCGGUCGUUGCCGUUUGUGGCAUGUGUGAAGCAGCGUGGUGAAAAGCCAAAAACCCGGUCCCGCUUGGCAAGGUUAGCUCUUUCACUCCCAGUACACAUGCACACCGGGUCGAUGAUGUGUAGCGCAGCGUAGUGAUCGGGAUUUUUUUUUGCUGGUGCAUGAUGAAAACGACGUAAAAGUUCUAUCUCACGUGUGAGGACAAAAUUUUGCACUUUCGUAGCACUACUGUGAACCACCUUUCGGUUGCGUCUCGGCAAGUGCAUACAUAAUUGAUGAAGGGUUGAAGAAAACAACGGUUCUUUCUUUUUGAGUGCGAGCGCACUAACAGAAAGCAGACGUUGUUGCGUUCGAGAUCUUCAGCCCCCCCAGAGGUUUUUUUUUGUGUGUGUUGUAUUUUGAACGGUGGGAAAAGUAACUGUAUACGGGCGGUGUGUAAGCAAAGCAACGCAUGCUUUUUUUUGUCACGCUGCUAGAGGUAAACGUUGCUGUGCACAGUGCAACCUUCUGCAAAACCAAGUGCACACGCAGUAUCGUCACCCCAAACUGUGAUUUUUAUUCGCCGAUCGAUUGUGCAAGAUUGCGUUAGCGCGGUACGCGCGCGUGUAGUGAAGAGAGACGGUCGUGUGCAAUAGGCAGUGCAUGAUUACACCACCAAUUGACAGUUGACGAAAUUAGCAAACACAUUACGAAGAACCCCGAAAGUGCAUUCGUUUCCGGUUCCGGUCAAUGUUGCCAAUUCGCGAGCGGACCAUUUAAGCACGGAAAACGAUGGUUGCCUGGACGGUGUCCCACAAGCGGCACGUCCGGAUACUGCUGGUGGGCGAUCAGGGUGUCGGCAAGACUUCGCUCAUCCUAUCGCUGGUCAGCGAAGAGUUCCCGGAAGAUGUGCCACUCAAGGCGGAAGAAAUCACCAUACCGGCGGACGUGACGCCAGAACAGGUUCCCACAAACAUAGUCGAUUAUUCCGCGGCCGAACAAACGGAUGAAGCGCUCGCGGAAGAAAUUCGAAAGGCACACGUCGUCUGCAUUGUUUACUCCGUAGACAGUGAGGAAACGCUGGACGGCAUCACGGAGCGAUGGCUACCGAUGGUGCAAAAGUGUUCCGAACUGGAACGGAAGCCGGUAGUGCUCGUAGGCAACAAGAUUGAUCUGGUCGAUUACUCUACUAUCGAUCAUGUCCUUUCGAUCAUGGAAGACUACCCAGAGGUGGAGAGCUGUGUGGAAUGUUCAGCCAAGACGUUGCACAAUAUUUCCGAGAUGUUUUAUUACGCUCAGAAGGCUGUUUUGCACCCAACGGCACCGCUGUACAUAAUGGAAGAGCAAGAUCUAACCGAAGCCUGCAAAAAAGCGCUUGUGCGUAUCUUCAAAGUGUGUGACAUCGAUGGCGAUGGGCUGCUGAAUGACUACGAGCUGAAUCACUUCCAGCGCCGUUGUUUCAAUGCACCGCUGCAGCCCCAAGUGCUGGACGAGGUGAAAGCAGUGCUGAUGAAGAACACACCCGACGGUAUCCGUGACGAUUCCGUGACGCUAAACGGCUUUCUUUUCCUGCACUGUCUGUUCAUUCAGCGCGGCCGCAACGAAACGACCUGGGCCGUGCUGCGUCGAUUCGGGUACAACGAAAGCCUCGCAAUGAGUGACGAAUAUUUGCAUCCGCCCGUAAAGAUACCGCCAGGCAGCAGCACGGAAUUGUCGCACCGUGGCCAACAAUUUCUCGUGUCGCUGUUUGAGCGUAGUGAUCGGGACGGUGAUGGUGCACUGUCGCCCGCCGAGUUCCAGAAGCUUUUUAGCGCCUGCCCGAGUCCACCCUUUUCGACCGAUAUUAAACGCACGAUACCGACGAACGACAAUGGGUGGCCUACGCUGCACGGUUGGCUCUGCCGCUGGAGCCUGAUGACGUUGGUGGACGUUAACAAAACGCUCGAGUAUCUGGCCUACCUGGGAUUUAAUGUGCACGAAAAUGAGUCCCAGCUGGCGGCGAUUCACGUGACGCGCGAGCGGCGCAUCGAUCUGGCCAAAAAGCAAAACAGCCGUACGGUUUACAUGUGUCACGUGAUCGGUGCGAAAGAUGCCGCCAAAACGACCUUUUGCCGUGCCUUUCUGGCACAGGAUAUGAAGCGCCUAACGGAUCGGGACAUUCGGCACAGCAAUCGGUACGCGAUCAACACGGUGCAGGUGUACGGGCAGGAGAAAUACCUCGUGCUCCGGGACGUUGACGCACGGCUCGUACUCGAUCCGCUGCAACCGAGCGAAGUGAACUGUGACGUCGCGUGUCUCGUGUACGACGUGGGCGAUGCCAAGUCGUUCGAGUACAUUGCACGAAUAUACAUCAAAUACUUUGCCGAAAGCAAGAUACCGGUACUUAUCGUUGGCACCAAGGCAGAUCUGGAGGAGGUACGCCAGGACUAUCUGCUUCAGCCGCCCGACUUUUGCCACAAAUACAAACUGCUGCAGCCACAGUUCUUCAGUGUGAAGCACAAUAAGAAAGACAUCUACACGAAACUAGCAACAAUGGCAGCAUUUCCUCGAUUUCAAGCAGCGUGGAUACUGUUUUAUAAGCAUAGAUUGGUACAACUGUGGGAAACUACCCACCUUAAGCAAUUCGGGCUUAUGUCGGGUGAUCCACUGCUCUGGUGGAAGGCAGGAUUGGGCAUAGCAGCUGCAACAAUUGUUGGUUUCUUCGUAGUAAAAGCGUUUCAUGGACCUGGUUCAGCGACACGAUGAGGAGGGUGAUGGAUCGAUUGGUAAAACUGUGUACAUAAAACUAUCGCCUGCCUAUGACCGCCGUUACCGUCACCAUACACAGCGUAAGAACAACAAAAAGGAAGUAUAAACUUAUAAGCUAAACACACAUACACCUGAAAAUUCAGUUUUACGAGAUAACUUCGUGUUACGGAGGUGUCUGAAGUUGUCCGUUCCGCCAAAUAGAAUAGAGCACCAAAGCUGUGCAUAUGUUUUGGGGGGGGAGUAAAAAUAACAUUUGAUGCCCGAGACCAUAAAGAUAAGUAGUGAAUCAAAGCUAACUAGAGCGGGAAAAACAUAUUCAAAAGCAUUGACUGGAAUUUAGACAAAAGCUUCCUACAUUUCGAGUAAAUUUCUGUACUCUAUUUUGAUCAAUUUUUGUAAAAAAAAAAAUUAUCUUAAUCGCUUUGCUUUUCUUAUUUUGGCAAAAGUAUAAGCUUCAGUUAGGUGAGCACACCGAGCAAGUGUUCGUAUGUUUAGUUUCCUUAUUAAAAGUGCUAUUGGAACGGUAGAAUAUUGCUAUGCUUAAUAAGUGAACGUACGUACGUAAAUAUGAUAAUAUACAUUACUUUACGGCUUGCAUGCAUUGCAGCCAGUGUUGUAUAAGUAUACCAGUGAAAAGAAGGGUCGGAUUUUUUUGCGUUUGGCGCAAUAACAAUACCGUUUAAACCAAUAGCUAUACAUUACACAGCGCUGAAAGCUUAAUUCUGGUAGUUGGUUUUGAGAAGAAACAAAAAAAAGCAACUAUGUUGUGUUGUAUAGCAGCAGACUUAACACUAGAACCUAUCAAUACCGUCAGUAGUAAUAAUGGAGAAAAAAAAAUUGUUUCAAUAGUGGCAAAACGAAUCGAAACGAAAGCAAAUCAACAACAAAUUAAACUUAUUAUUCCUAAUGAAAAUCGGA